GGCAACAUGGCUCCCGGAGGUGGAAGGCAGAAGCUUCACCCGCUUUGAAGCAGUGAAGAAUAGCAGCGGAGGGCAACGGGAAAAAGAGAAGUGACUAGGAAUCGUCGUCGCUUUUACCUCCCCAGCCUCUUCUGAGUCUGGUCAGCCUCACCUCUGCUCUUCACCCGCAUCCAGUCUGUGGUCUCCUCCCCUCCCCGCCCACGUUCCCUCGCCCCUCCCGUCGCCAACCCUUUCCCCGCCCCCUCCCCCACACCCCCCGUGAAGUGCGCACGCGCCCGCCUCCAGCUUCGCGCGGGGAUCGCCGCCUGGCCCGCUUGCGCAGCCGCUGUUCCUUCUACCCACGGAGGAAGCAUGGGCGUCCAGGGCUUCCAAGAGUUCCUGGAGAAGCGCUGUCCCGGGGCUGUGGUGCCCGUGGACCUCCUCAAACUCGCGCGCACCGUCUCGCGCCAGCAGCAGCAGCAGCACCUGCACCGCCAGCUGCCGCCAGCAGCCCUAGCGCCCGGGGCUCCACGCAUCACCAGGGGCUCUGCUCCUCUGCCGCCGCCGCUCCCGCCCGCCGCCUUUGGCGCUUACUCCGGGGGCGCGGGGCCGACUCGGCACCAUCACCCUGCUCACCAUUUCCACCAUCACGGCCAAGCGCCGCCAGGGCUGCAUCCGCCGCCGCCCCCUCCGCUGCCUGGGGCUCGGGUAUUGGUAGAUGCGGGCUCGGCGCUGCCGCGGCUCUAUGGUGGCUACCAGACGGAUUGGGUUUGUGGCGGCCAGUGGAAUGCCAUGCUGGGCUACUUGUCAGCGCUGUGCCAGGCUUGUUCCUAUCCGGGCGGCGACGGCCUGGAGCUGGUGGUCAUGUUCCCUGGGGGCCUGGGGAAAGACCGACUGGCCGAAUGGGGCCGUCGGUGCCAGGCGGAGCGGCAGACUGCGCAACUGAUCGUGGGACACGUGGGCAACAAGGGCACCCCUCCACCGCGGGCCUGGUUCCUGCCACCUGCCUGCCUGAGCCACUGCGUGAGGCUAGCACUCAUCCGCUUCCGGGUCAAGGUCUUUCAGAGCCUGGAAGACCACCAUUUGGAAGUGGUGGCUUUUUUCAGAGAAAAUGGCUUUCAUGGUCUUCUUGCUCAUGACUCCGAGUAUGCACUCUACAAUAUUCCGUCUUACUACAGUUCCCAUGCUCUGAAGCUCAGCUGGAAUGGAAAGAACCUCACAACCAACCAGUUCCUGAUGCAGGAAGUGGCCAAGCAGCUCGGUUUGAAGCGAAUAAAUUUCCCCAUAUUUGCUGCACUGCUUGGUAACCACAUUCUACCCGAUGAGGACUUGGCUGCUUUUCACUGGAGCCUUUUGGGACCAGAACAUCCUCUUGCAUCACUUAAGGUCCGAGCUCAUCAGUUGGUUCUUCCACCCUGUGAUGUCGUGAUCAAGGCUGUUUCUGAGUAUGUUAGCUCCAUCAAAGACCCCUCAAAUCUGGAUGUGGUUGGGAAGGAUGUUUUCAAACAGUCUCAGUCUAGGACAGAAGACAAAAUAGAACGAUUCAAGAAAGCAGUUGAGUACUAUUCAGUCACAACCAAAAUCUCUUCACUGCCAGUGGGUCCUUCCUUUCUAGGCUUUCGAAAUAAUCGGCUUGGCAAUCCUCCUCUUCCACGGAAUCAAAUGGGCCCUAUUUCUACUGGAAAGCCAGUGUUUUCUCGCCAGGUGCCCCAGAAAAUGAAAUAUCCUCCACCAUUUCCGGUGGGACCCAACUCGCCUCUUCUCUUCUCUCAUGGUGUGGGGGAACCCCACGCUUUUCCUGAGGAUCCCAUGCUACAGGACAGUUCCUUUAACAACUGGGCUGUUUCUUAUGACUCUUCAGCACCCCAGUUUCCUAACUGCUUGCCUUCCAAAACUUCACCUCCUUUGGGACCAGAUUCUUCCCACUCCUCUUCCUCUGAUGCUGAUGAGGCAAAUGGAGCCGGUUCUGAUCACAUCCCAGAAGCACUUCCGCAACAGCCUGGAUGGGAAGAUUCCAGUGGUGACAGAGGGUCUUGGGUACAGCCUGCUGAUGCUGGAGUUUCAGAACCUAGCAUAAGUGAUAGCGAACCUCACAUCCCAUCUCUGUUAUCUAUGUCUACAAGGAACCACAUGGACAUCACCAUUCCACCUUUACCUCCAGUAGCUCCAGAAGUCUUGAGGGUUGCUGAACACAGACACCGAAGGGGUCUUAUGUAUCCGUACAUUUACCAUGUCCUUACUAAGGGUGAGAUUAAAAUCCCCGUAUGUAUUGAGGAUGAAUGUAACAUGGAGCUGCCUCCAGCUGCUCUCCUGUUCCGGUCAGCUCGUCAAUAUGUGUAUGGAGUUCUCUUUAGCCUAGCAGAGACACAGCGGAAAAUGGAACGUCUGGCCAUACGGCGGCGGUUACCUCUGGAAGUUCCUCCUGUGAUUCUUAAGGAAUGGUCCGCCUAUAAAGGGAAAUCACCUCAAACCCCUGAGCUGGUGUCUGCACUCACAUUUCGGGAAUGGACUUGCCCAAACCUCAAGAAGCUCUGGUUAGGCAAAGCAGUUGAGGACAAGAACAGGAGGAUGCGGGCUUUCCUGGCCUGUAUGAAGUCAGACACGCCCAGUAUGCUCAAUCCAGCCAAUGUUCCCACACACCUGCUGCUCAUGUGUUGUGUACUCCGAUACAUGGUUCAAUGGCCUGGUGGCCGAAUCCUGCAUCGCCAUGAACUUGACACCUUCCUUGCACAGGCUGUCUCUGCCCAGCUUUAUGAACCAGAUCAGCUUCAAGAACUCAAGAUUGAGAAACUGGAUGCUCGAGGGAUCCAGCUUGCUGCCCUGUUCAUGAGUGGGGUCGACACAGCUCUGUUUGCUAAUGACGCAUGUGGCCAGCCAGUCCCUUGGGAGCACUGCUGCCCCUGGAUUUACUUUGAUGGCAAGCUGUUCCAGAGCAAGCUCAUUAAAGCGGGCCGAGAGCGAGUGUCCCUGAUUGAACUCUGCGAUGGCCAGGCUGACCUGGCAAGCAAGGUGGAAAAGAUGAGGCAGAGUAUCCUUGAAGGCGUCAACAUGAAUCAUCCACCACCUUCUGCUCUACUUCCGUCACCUACAUUUGUGCCUCCCAUGAUGCCCCCCCUCUACCCUGUUUCUCUUUAUUCCAGAGCUAUGGGCUCAUUUCCACCUCCCCCUCAAGCAAGGAGUCGGGGCUUUGCAGGUCUCCAUCCAAUCCCACCCCAAGGAGGAAAACUGGAAAUUGCUGGGAUGGUGGUGGGCCAGUGGGCUGGCAGCAGAUCUUCUAGAAGUCGAGGAUCCUUUGGCAUGCAAGUGGUUUCUGUCGGUGGGCCAGGAAAGGGGCAUGGAAAAGAACAGACUGGUAGAGGAUCCAAAGGUCACAAAAAAGGAAAUAAACAAGGCUCUUCAGAUGGAAUUUCUAAAUCCGUGGAGCUUCAUCAAGGUCGGGCCCGCUCCCAGGUGAAUGGAAACAAUAGCACAUUGAUUAUGGAAGAGAAGAGUGAUCAUCUUCCAGCUCCAUCACAAUGUGCCUUAUCCAAAGACAGUAACGUGUGUAAUAAUGAUGACCACUGCCUCCCCGUGAAGAAUGGAGAGAAGAACCAGGUGCAAGAGCAAGAGCUAGAGCUAGAGACUGUGGCCCAAGAGAAAGAGGAAUGACAAACUGAAGAUAGCUUCACUUGUCAGGAAGAGGAGAAAACUAUACUUUUCUGAUUCUAGGCCCAAGUUAGAGGAGGAUAUAAAUGUUUCCCCUAGGUUUAUCCAGGAUUUUAAGGGGAUACACAUUUAUUGUGUCCAUCUUUCCUUCCCUAUCUUCUCUGGCUCCAGACUUAGAACCUUGGAGAUUUCUGGUUAAAGAUGAAUAGCAGCAACACUAAACUCAGAUUCUCAAAUACAUAGCACCAACAUUUUCCUUCUAUUUCCUGGAAGUCUAGUGAGGCAGUAACUGUCAGGAAGCAGAUGUUAUCUUGUAAGUCCUAUGGAAAAGUUCUGGCUUUGGUUUUCUGAGUAUUUAAUAUAAUACUCAUUUAUAAAUGUCAAUGAAAAUAAGGGGUUUAAAGGUAAGCUAUCUAUGGCUUCCUCAUUUUUUUUGUCUUUAAGGUAAUGGAACCUUGAUACCUAGAUACCUAGUCAGUGUCCUUCCCUCUCUUUCCCCCAACUAACCCACCCCAGGAUUUUGUGUACCACCUCUAGCUUUGGCCUGACAAUCAGAUAGGUAGAUGUUUUCAGGGAAGUAGACAGUGUUGGUUUGGGUUAUUUUAUUUAAUUUUUUUUUAUUUUAUACACUUAAAAAAAAAACUACAAUGGCCUUUGUACUGGGAGAUUCAAGUGAGUCAGAAAAGUACUGGGCAGAUUUUUCCUGCCUCCCAACCAGUGCAUUGUUUAUAAAGUAGAAGAUAUGGUGCAGUUCACCCACUAUCUGCUGCCCACAUUCUAAAAGGGUGGGAAUCAAUGUUAUGAAACUGAGUACAAAAGGGACUCAAAAGACUCUAUGUGUGUGUACAUGUGUAUAGGCGUGUGUGUGGGUGUAUAUAUGAACAUGUGUAUCUAUAUGCAUACACAUACCCUUUAUAUAAGAGACAGAUCUAUUUAUCUAUACAUAUUUUAUAUAUAUAAAUGUGUGUAUACAGAUAUAUAUACACAUACAUACAUGGUAAAGUUCCAGAAGAUUUACUGAAUUUCCCAGAAAUGCUUCCACUGCUAUGGAAUGGUGGGUUUCAAAAGACCAUACUUCAAAUCUGAAAUCCUUGCUAAGUCACAGCCUAUCACAAUUCUGAGAAGAUAGGCUACUCUAAAUCAGACACAAAGUACUUUCCAGAGAUCGCCUGUUCAGAACAACAAAUACUUCACUUUGAACAGAGCCCUCACAUCCCAUAUGCUGAGAACAGGAGGUUGAAAUGGGAUUGGGAAGAGUUGCACAUUUUUAUGAAGGUUUGGAGAUAGAAAGGGAUAGGAAGUGAUUACCAUUUGAAAGGGCUUUCAGCCAAUUUGAAAGAUAUUUCUUGUGGAACUCCAGGAUCAAAUUGGCUUCAGCAAGAAUUGAUUGACAUGACUCUAAGGAGGGAAAAUUAGCACUGGAAUGAUGGAGUGGGGAGAUGUGAGGAAAUUGGACAAUUUGAUUUUACAUGCUUAGAUUGUUUCAUUUAUUCAUUGACAUUUUGACUACAGGAUCUUUUCAUUUGCUUUGCAAGGAAGAUGUCAGAGAACUUGGCCUGGGAUUUGAGAGGUAUUCUUUAGAAGAUUCUCAGUCCCUGUGGGGCCAAGGUCUGCCCAGGAUAAAAAAAAAAAAAAAAAAAAAAAAAAAAAGGCUCUUCCUCCUUGCUGGAGAUAAUCUUAAGAAAACCUUGAUUUCCAGCUUCCCUCAUUUUGGGCAGCCAAAAUGCAAGGGAUGGAAACAUGGCUUAUAACAAACUAGUAGUAUAUCUUCAUUCAGGAAUUGAGGCUUCUAGCCACACACAUCUCCUUUUGGACUUUGAUAUUCUUGCCCAAGAAAUAUUAUUUCUACAAGAAUAUAACUGACUAGACUCCUAGCAGGAUUCUCUCUUUGGGAAAAAAAAAACCAUGCAUCUUAAUCUACAACAGAUCCUUGGUGAUUUUUUUCCAAACAACCAGAAGGCUAUGUUUGCUAUUUGUCCAUUCUGUCUCAAGAAACUAAAAUGUCUUGGGAUUCUUAACCCGAGUCUAGUCCAGUUUAAGAGAACUCACAGUUUUCAGGGGACAGGAGCCCAGGUAUGCCUUGCCUCUUGCCCAGACAUUUCCUAAAUAAACCUAAUUAAGGUGGCAAGACUAUGUACCUGGCUGUAUAUAAGCAAAAAAAAAAAAACAAAAAAACAAAAAAAAAAAAACAAAAAAAAAAAAUAUGUAACACUUCCUCGUUGAAAUGAGCUCCCCUGAUUUGGUCCCCUUUCUGAUCUUGGACCUACUCAUCCUUUCACAAUACUUUGAAAGUUAGGACUUUUAUAUCCAGUAAGGAAAGGAAUUCAUAGAAAAUGUAGAUGGCUCAGAAUCACCUUCUGAGCCACAGAAGGAUGAAUCCCUUUGGAGCUCUAAAAGUAACCAGAAUUACUGAGUGAGUGAAUGGUUAGCUAUAUGGACAAAUACUGAGUAGGAAGUACUUGGAGUAAAAUGGUAGUGUUCUUCAGUCGCUGUUUCUGUGCAUCGUGAGUCUAUAUGACACAGUCAGGUGACAGUCUUGUUAACUCUCACAUCCUUCUCACAACAUGAAGAUUUAUUUUGUAGCCAUUCACUGUGAGAGGUAAAAUUGCUGCUUUGACAGAAAUGAUUCCAGUUUGCCAAAAGACUUGCCCUCCCCCCACACACACACACAAACCUCUGCUUCUCCCUAGCCAGACCCAGGAUGAAACAAGUGGCUUACUUUCAACUUUGAAUUUUGCCUCGAUUCAGCAUUUGGGGUUUGGGAAGUUACAAGAAAGAACUAUAAAGGGUUAUGUUCCUAGAUUUUGGUGUACCUCCCAAAAUGCACCAUUUAAAAGCCAGGAAAACCAGGGUUCAUUACUGGGAAAUAAACUUUUUCUAAUUGGAAGACAAAUCGAGGACCUUUGCUGGACCCACUCGAGGAUGUCCUUCUGAUUAUUACUGGACAAAGUCAUGUUGGAACCCCCCAAAAUGACUGCUUUACCUCGUAGGAACACAGCAAAAACAAAAACAACCCCAAAUCUGGUUUUGUACAGCCACUGAUCCCCCAAGGUCUUGUGGUUCUGCUUGUGUGUCUUUGGGUCGGCCUGUGACUCCUACCUUUUUUAAGUGACCAGUUCUGACAGACUUCUGUUCCUUCGCAUCAUUUUCAUUGUAUAUAGGUAGGAUUUCAGGUAAAUUGAAGCCCAAGAAAUGGCACUUUCUUGGCUAGGGACACUUGAUUUUUGUCUCCAUCUGGAUUUUCUGGCAUCAUUGGCCAAGUUACCCUAGUAUAUUCAUCUCAGAAAAAAAGAAACAGACAAGGUAUUAGAGGGAGGGGAUGCACAAAUGCUUCUGUAGGAUAGAAAGAAUGAGAGUAGCCCUUUGGAUAUGAUGAUUCAGUCCUUUGAAACCUUAGAAGGCCCCUGUGGGUAUACAGUGCCACCCUUUCAGCCUCUAACCACCCCACCCACCCUUUGAAAUGACAGUACAAGUAGGCCGCAGUUUAAAGUAGUUAGUCUAAUUCUACUAAAGGGUUAAUCAUUAUACUUCUUCACUUUCAGAUGCAUAUUUCCUAAAUAUUCUUGGGGUUUUGGGGGGGUAAGUUUUCACGAUUCCAUUGUAUGUUCUCAUUUUUCUCCUUUCCAUCACUGGCUUCUUCUUUUUCAAUGUUCUCCUUUCUUAUUGAUGUAGUCUGCUGGUACAGAUAGCUCAGUGCACCUGUCCCCUUCUAUUGUUGAGUAUCUUCAGUAUUGUCUGAGGAGAUUUUGAUGUUCUAAGAAAAUGUCACUUUUUACAAAAAUCAUCUUUUCUAAGUUAAAAGCAAAAUUAAACAUCCCCUAUGCUGGGGUGCCCAUUUCAGCUUUUGACAUUGUCCCUGUACUUUUAUAGAUGACUUUUUUGUCUGUGUUGGUAGUAAAUAAUGGUUAGUGAAUUUUCAUGUAAAUGAAGCAAGUUAAAUAUUUUAGAUUUUAUUAAUCUCUCAUAACCCUGCCGGAUCUGAUGAAUUCAUUUUAAUUACUUCCCAGAAGGGACUUUCCUCCUACCUUUUAUUUUAUUCUAUUUUUAGACUAACGUACUAGAUUAAAAAAAAAAAAACAAAAAACAAAAAAAAACUUUAACUGCAAAGAGUCAGUGAUUUUUUUUUUUAGUGCUCCCUGAUAAAUGAUGUUAUUGACAAAAGUAAAUUCUUUCGUUGUUGUUUUUUUCCUGUGCUCUUGACAGUGUGUUUAGUGGAUGGAUAACGUCUUUCUCUUUGCCACUCCCAGAUUCCAAGUUCCCUGCCUUUUGGCCCACCUCACCACAAAAGCUCCAUAGUUUAUUAAUGUAAGUUUGAGUGGAUGCUUCUUGGGGGAAUCUGCAGGACUUAAUGGAAAUGUCUCAGAAAGGAAUGAGAAUGUCUCAGGAGUUCUGUGAUGGAAUUUGAUCUGUUGUUCUGUUAAUGCUGAUGGAAAGAAACUUACAGCGCUUAAUAAAAGUCUAUUCUUUUAGUUUAAAAAUGUAAAAUGAUUUGGAGUGUGUGAAUUUUGAUUUCUUCUUCCAUCUCUGGGUCUGUUUCUGCAAAUGAAGAAUAUUCUUGUCUCAGUUGAGAAGUGCCACGCAGAUUUACGGGUCUGCAGAGUAGCAGGGCAGGAAAACAUGUAUGUGAAACAUCGAAAUGAAGAU